GCAACACCUCUGAGCCUGGGCCCUUGCCAUUCCCAGAGAUACGUCUUGCCAACGGGCCCAGCCGGUGUCAGGGCCGACUGGAGAUCCUCUACAACGACUCCUGGGGCACAGUCUGCGAUGACGACUGGGACAUUGUGGAUGCCAACGUGGUGUGUCACCAGCUGGGAUGCGGCCACGCCAUCACCCUCCCGCCCGCCAUGACCUUCGGCCAAGGGAGCGGACCCAUCUUCUUGGACAACGUGGACUGCAAGGGCCGGGAAGCAGCCUUGAGCGAGUGCUGGAGCCACGGCUGGGGCAUCCACAACUGCUACCACUACGAAGACGUGGCUGUCGUGUGCAACGAGCUCUCGCCCACACAAGCCAGCGAAGGACUGACCAGCAGGACCCUCACAGCCCUGGUACAGGAUGGGGAAAGCGACGGCAGCAUCCGUCUGGUGAGCGGGACCGACACCUGCCAAGGCCGGGUGGAGAUCUUCUACCGCGGGAACUGGGGCACCGUCUGUGACGACGACUGGGGCCUGAGCGAUGCCAGCGUGGUGUGCAAGCAGGUGGGCUGUGGCCAAGCCCUGGAUUACAAGAGCAACGCCUAUUUCGGCUAUGGCACGGGGCGUAUCCUCCUGGACAAUGUCAACUGCGAUGGCAGCGAGCCCUUCCUUCUACAGCCUCGGCUGGGGCAUCCAUAA